CAACCAUCCAUCAAACUUCUCGAUCGAAUUUCAUCCUCCUUUCUCAAUCCCCCAUCCAAACCUCAUCAGUUCUCCAUCCAAAUCUCAUCAAGCCUCAUUCACAAUGCAGUCCUCCAUCCUCGGCAACAUUUGUCUUCUCCUCCUCCUCCCUCUUCUCCUCGUCGCCCAGGCCGCUUCGGUCCUCUACUGCCGCGAGCAGGGAGGAGUCAACUGCAAGUUCUACGCUGGUGCCAACCAGUGCUUCAACCUCGACAGUGCCUGGGACAACAAGAUCAGUAGCGUCAAGCAGAACGGCGGUUGCUGUGCCUUCUACAGCCACGGAGGUUGCCACGACCGCCUCUUCAUCGCCAACCCAGGCCAAAUCUUCAUGACCCUCCCGGCUAAGUGGAACGACCAGGCUUCCAGCAUCAAGUGCACCGAUGACUUGAAGAAUUGCGGAAAGCUUUAGGCCUGCGGAGUCUAAAGUGGAGUUGGGAUGCGUGAAAUGGAGGAGAAUUGUUCGUAUGCUUUGAUUUGAC